AUGCGCGGGCAUAUAAACGACCGCAGUGCUGCUACCCCACCUGCAUGGAAGCCAACACCUCUAUUCUUGUCAUUGUUUCUGGGCUUCAUCAUGAGCAGCUUCCUGCUUUCAUUCCUCCUUCUGGGGAUGACAGAGGCCGUUUUGGCAGCCGGAGACCUGACCAAAUAUGUCCUCACCAGCACCGGAUCCGAGAAUGGUGGAAACACCUUCCCUGGCGUGAGCGAGCCCUUUGGGAUGAUCAAACUCGGGCCAGAUUUGUAUACGGGAUCAGACUCUUACUCGGGUUAUCAACCAACGGGAGUCUUCACAGGCUUUAGUAUGCUUCACGAGAGUGGUACUGGUGGUGCUCCCAAAUAUGGCGUGGUCUCGCAGAUGCCGGUGAUGGGAAACGUUUCGAAUCCUCUUGGCGAUCACACCGAUAAAAGGGCCCAGGCCGACGAGACAUCUGUGGGAUACUACAGAUCGUCUCUGGGUUCUGGCAUCACGGUCGAGCUGGGCGCUACUUCCCGAGCGGGCUUGUACAUGUAUACGUUUCCGGACACCGAAGAGGGCAAAAAUGUCAUUGUCGACGUGUCCCACGUACUGCCAUCCUUUCGAGGCAUGGGCCUCGGACAGAAUUACCUGGGCGGGAAUAUCUCCGUCAAAGAGCAAGAACGUGGUGGGCUCAGGUACUCGGGAUCCGGCUCAUAUGACAACGGUUGGAAUCGAUCUCCCAAAUGGACAGUGUACUUCUGCGGGUCGUUUGACGACUCGUCUGCAACAUACAGGACAUUCUUGGGGUCAGACUUGACCGGCAGCACUCUUGUCAAGUACUCGGAAGAUGAGUCUGUUGACUCUACCGCUCGCCUGGGCGCCGUGUUCUCCUUCACGAGCAGCUCCGUCGUCUCCCGUGUGGGUGUUUCCUUUAUUUCGACGGACCGCGCUUGCGAGAACCUGGACCAGCAAAUUCCAAAGGGAACGCCCUUGUCCAAGUUGACGAGCGACACGAGAAAGCAUUGGCAGGACCAGGUCUUGUCCAAAGUGACAACCACAGACACCAAUCUUGAAAACUUGCAGAGGCUUUACAGCUCCCUGUAUUUCAUGUCGCUGAUCCCCACCAACAAAACCGGCGAGAACCCUCUUUGGGAUUCCACAGAGCCCUACUAUGACGAUAUAUUUACGCUGUGGGACUUGUUUCGCUGCACAACAGCCCUGUUCCACAUUCUACAGCCGACCGCAUACGAAGAGUACAUCCGGUCACUGAUUGACAUCUGGAGGCAUGAAGGGUACAUGCCCGAUGCGCGGUCAUCAUUCUGGAACGGUGCAACCCAAGUGGGUUCCAAUGCAGACAACGUUCUCGCCGAUGCGUACGUCAAGGGUGUCCGUGGUCGGAUCAACUGGGAAGACGGCUAUUCUGCUAUGGUCAAGGAUGCCGAGGUCGUUCCCCCUAACAACGAUGAUCCAAGGGACAAGAGUGGUUCUACCAAAGAGGGAAGAAGUGCUCUUCCAGACUGGCUCCAGUACGGGUACAUCACUCCCCGAUUUGGCCGUGCUGUUUCGCGCGCUGUGGAAUAUUCAGCAAACGACUUCGGGCUCUACCAAGUUGCAAAGGGGCUCAGCAAGGACGCAGAUGCGGACAAGUAUCUAAACCGAUCAAGGAAUUGGCGAAAUCAUUGGAACCCCAAUGCGACAUCUUUGGGGUUCUCGGGCUUUCUUGUGCCAAGGGACGAGGACGGUUUCAUUGAGCAAGAUCCGUUGAGUUGUGGAGGCUGCUACUGGGCCGAUGCUUAUUACGAGGCCCUCCCUUGGGAGUACUCCUUCAAUGCCCACCAUGAUAUCGACGAGCUUGUCAGACUCUCUGGCGGCGCAGACACCUUCGUCAAGCGCCUCGACACGAUGUUCAAACCGGGUGCGGACGGCUCUGACACCGGCACGCUUUUCAAUCCCGGAAACGAGCCCAGCUUCACUACCCCUUAUCUCUACAACUAUGUCGGCCGUCAGGAUCUAAGUGUCGAGCGCAGCAGAUCCGUCGCCAAGUCAAAAUACCACCCUACACCGGAUGGGCUGCCGGGCAAUAGCGAUGCCGGCGCCAUGGAGUCGUGGCAGCUCUGGGUCAUGCUGGGGCUGUAUCCCAUGACCGGUCAGCCUGUCUUUCUGAUCGGAAGUCCUUGGUUCUCGGAUCUCACGAUAUCUCUCGACGACGGUGACGGCAAGAAGAAACUACAUAUUACGACAACGGGCGGAAACGAGGACGCUUACUAUGUGCAGAGUCUGAAGGUUAAUGGGAAAGAAUGGAGGCAGAGCUGGGUCACGUACGCCGACAUUUUUGCUAAAGGAGGAUCCUUGGAAUUCGUGUUAGGCCCGGAGAAGCAGGACUGGUUUACAGGACCUCCGCCGCCGAGCCCGGCCAGUGUAUGA